AUGAUCCUCUGGCUGUGGCUCUGCUGGGCUUUCUCCACCUCGGCGGGACAGCCCGACUCAGAGCUGAUGGCGAGGUACCUGGAAGAGAAGCUGUUGGCAGACUACAGCAUCGUGGAGCAAGUUGCACGCCGUGUUCCAAGACAGGCCAAAUUUUUGCAGAGGCUGGAAACCAGGCCUCGGAUGUCUGAAUUCAAUGUGAGAUCCACAAUCAUUUCUCGGUAUGCUUUCACCACGGUGUCCUGCACAAUGGUGAACAGUGGAUCUGAGGCACGUGAAGGUGUGUUUGAGAUGCAGAUCCCAGCUGCAGCCUUCAUCUCCAACUUUACCAUGAGCAUUGGCAACAAGACUUAUUAUGGAGAGGUCACAGGGAAAGAAAAGAAAAACAGCAGCGAUGACAAGGCAAGGGAAAAGAAACCUCUGAGCCCCACAGAUGGAAGGGAGAAUGGCUAUGAGAUAUUCAAAGCUUCCGUCUUCAUUCCUCGCAAGAUGCAGGCCAGGUUCGUACUGCAUUAUGAAGAGCUUUUGCAAAGGCGACUGGGAAAGUACGAGUAUACAGUCAGCAUCCGGCCCCAGCAGCUGGUGGGGAGGCUACGAGUGGAAGUGAACAUCCUGGAGAACUCCGGAAUAGUUUCACUGGAAGUGCCUCCUCUCCGAAACAGCAAGCAUAAAAGCAGUGGGAAAGUUGAAGGUGAUGUUUCUCCUCCUCCUUCUACUGUAGUUGGACAUACCAAAACCUUAGCUAAAGUUACGUUCAAUCCCAGUGUUGUCGAGCAGACCAGGAUUGCCCGAAAUGGCAUUUUGGGAGACUUCAUAAUUAGAUAUGAUGUCAGCAGGGAGCUGAGUGUUGGGGAUGUUCAGAUUCUUAACGGGUAUUUUGUGCACUACUUCGCCCCCACGGAUCUUCCUCCAUUGCCAAAGAAUGUUGUAUUUGUGCUUGACAGUAGUGCUUCCAUGGUGGGAACAAAGCUCAAACAGACCAAAGAAGCUCUCUUCACAAUUCUCCAGGACCUAAGGCCUGAAGACCACUUCAAUAUCAUUGGCUUUUCCAAUCGAAUAAAGGUCUGGCAGCAGGACCGGCUGGUGCCAGUCACUCCAAAUAAUAUAAGAGAUGCCAAAAAGUACAUUCAUAACAUGUCACCUACUGGAGGGACUAAUAUUAACGGUGCUCUCCAGACUGGUGCGAAGCUGCUCAAUGAUUACAUUGCUCAGAAUGAUAUCGAUGCCAGGAGUGUCUCUCUGAUCAUCUUCCUCACGGAUGGGAGGCCCACCGUGGGAGAAACACAGUCAUCCAAAAUCCUCAGCAACACCAAGGAUGCUAUCCGUGAUAAAUUCUGCCUCUUCACCAUUGGCAUUGGCAAUGAUGUAGACCACAAGCUGCUGGAGAGGAUGGCACUGGAGAACUGUGGCAUGACAAGGCAUUUCCAGGAGGAUGAGGAUGCAGCCAGCCACCUCAAAGGGUUCUAUGAUGAAAUAGGAACACCCCUUCUCUCUGACAUCCGUGUUGAUUACACUGAAGACAACGUGGAGCAAGUCACCCAGAACUUCUUCCCUAACUACUUCAAUGGCUCUGAAAUUAUAAUAGCUGGCAAACUCAUCAAUCACACCUCAGAUAGCCUCCACGUGGAGGUGACCGCUAGCAACUCUAAGAAGUACAUUGUCCUCAAAACAGAUGUGGCUAUUGACCUUCUUGACAUCAGAGGUGUCCCUGGCCUGGAAGAUGGCAAAGGUGAUAAAAAUUACAUUGAGAGGGCAUGGAGUUACCUCACCAUCAAGGAAUUGCUUAACUCCCGGUUGAAGAGUGAUGACAAACGGGAAAAAGACUAUUUGAUGGAGAAAGCCAAGUCAAUGGCCCUGGCUUACAAUUUUGUUACUCCCUUCACUGUUCUGAAGAUGAGAGAGGCUGGGCUCCAUUCACAACCACCUCAAGAGGAGUUUAUCAGCCCUUCUACUGAUGGCAUUGGUGAAAAAUUGCAGAGCUUGCAGGGACACAAGGCACCACCAGGUAUAAGCAGACAGCGAGACAAACAAAGAAUUAAAAUCUCCAAAACUUCAGCGGAUGGAGACCCUCAUUUUGUCAUUGAUUUUCCCUCCAGCAAGUUCUCUGUCUGCUUCAAUAUUGACGGAGAACCAGGGGACAUCCUCCGACUGGUCUCUGAUCAUAAGGAAUCUGGUGUAACUGUGAAUGGGCAAUUAAUUGGAGCUCCUGCACCACCCAACGGCCACAAGAAGCAUCGGACUUACUUCAGCACCAUCACUAUCCUCAGCAAUAAGCCAGAGAGAUCUUAUCUGGAGAUCACACCCAAAAGAAUCAUCCUGGAUGAUGGGGAAAGACUUCUUCUGUCCUGUGGUCGGAGUGCCACUGUGCGAAGCAGCAGCCUCGAAGUGUCCAUCUCUGCCAAUUCCAACAUCACAGUGACGAUACGAGACACAAUCAGUUUUGUCAUCCUCAUCCACCAUUACAAGAAGCCGGCUCCGUAUCAGAGGAAUCACCUGGGGUUCUACAUCUCCAACAGCAAAGGCCUCUCUUCUGACUCCCAUGGGUUACUGGGUCAGUUCUUGAACCAUGAAGUUAAACUUCUUCAGGAAUCUCUAAACACAAGUCUUCAGCAGGUUGGUCAGAACCAAACUGAAGCAUUGAAGCCAAACCCUACGAAUACCCUGAAAGUGAAGGGGCGGCUCAUUCCUGUUGUGUGGAAGCAGAGGAGGAUCUACAAUGGCCAGCAGGAAGUGGACUGCUGGUUUGCCAAAAAUAAUGCAGACAAACUGAUCGAUGGGAGCUAUAAAGACUAUUUGGCUUCUCAUCCUUUUGACACAGGGACCAGCUUUGGGACAAUUAACACCCUGUAAGACCGAUCAUAGCAAAGCAUUGCAGCAGCAUGUGUGACAGCGGUUCCCUUCUGAAGCCUCUAGUGCUAGACAUCUUACAAACAUUUCUUUACUUUUUGGUGCCAAAGAAACCAAGGUUUUUGCCCUUGGAAAUCAGCUGUCUCUCUUCCAUGCUACAUGAACAUUGUUCAUCAAAUUCCUGA